AUGGCUGGUACACCAGAAGCCUUCAUAGUCGCCUUGAAUGGCUUUGCUGGCUUGUUAGCAGUAGCAUUCGCACUGAUAGCCGCCUUGCGAGUCAAGCAGUUAAAAGAUCGCCCGCGGAUCAAGCCCUCAAAUGACUUGGCUUGCGCUAUAAAACUGAUCUUAUCACUUGUGAUCCUCGUCACGUCUUCCCUAAUAGCCUCGGGUCAGAUCGUAGCAAACGCCCCAGACGGCCUACGUGCCCACAUGAAUACGGCCGCUGCAGCAGUCGCAGCACUUGUUCUAGUUGGUCUAACAUGUUUGGAGCAUUCGCGAAGCCAGCGCCCCUCUGAUCUCAUCCAAGUCUUUUUACUUGGGAGUAUGAUCAGGGAUGGUAUCACCAUAGGCUUUAGGAGUCAGCAAGUGAAGAAGGAAUUGCAGACUUUCGUGGUUGCAUUUCAAUUGUUCAUCGAAGCGCUGCUAUUUAUCAUCGAGAGCCUUGGAUCGAGGAAGAACGUCACAACGACCACCGCAGUAUCACCCGAGGAGGAGGCCAGUAUACUUGGUAGAAUCUUGUUCUCCUGGGUCAAUGAAAUCCUUCUCGAGGGAUACUCAAAAAUACUGGCCGUAGCGGAUCUGCCCCCUCUCGGUAGAGACUUGCGAGCAGGAGAGUCUCGUAGUGAUAUCUUGAAAGCUUGGGAUCAGCAAGGGGCCGACGAAAGCUGGCAAGCUCUCCCCACAGUUCUACUCCGUUGUCUUUUACUCCCCUUCCUUGGAGCAAUUCCGCUGCGACUCUUCCUCAUAUUAUUCAAGUAUCUGCAGCCUGUUCUCAUCAAGAAAGCUAUUGAAUUCGUGACUGCUUCCGGCUUCCAAACUACUUCUUGGGAUGGAAGGAUGUUGGUUGCAGGCGCAGUCACAGUGUAUGUUGGACUAGCUAUCACAACAGCUUCAUAUCAACAAUGUCUGAAUAGAUUGAGAGUGAAGACGCGAAAUGCCUUGAUAUUAUUGAUCGAAGACAAAACAAUGCGGUCGUGGGCAGAUGCUUCUCUGGAAGGUCGAGUGCUCACUCUCAUUAGUGUUGACGUGGAUGCUCUGGAGACGAUUCCUGAAAUGGUGCAUGAGAUCUGGGGGCAAGCACUGGAAGUUAUGGUUGGCUUUUUCCUGCUUUCGAGGGAAGUAGGAUGGCUUUGGCCGGUGCCAUUGGCCAUGAUCCUUGUGUGUUCUAAAAGCAGCCAGUACGUCGCCAGAAACCUGCGCUCAAAGCAAGACGCUUGGAACUGCGCCACACAAGAUCGCAUAUCUUUCACAAGCUUCAUGAUCAGCAAUAUCAAGACAAUCAAGAUGAUCGGACUUCAGUCAAAUAUCGCCAGGUACCUUGAGACGCUGAGAACCGUGGAGUUGAAAAUGGCGGGCAAGGUUCGUUGGAUAAUGAUAGCUUACAACGCCUCCGCGAACGCAUUGGGCAUAUUCGCACCCGUUGUAACCAUCGUUCUAUUCGCUGUGCUUGCAAGGAUGGACUACAGACAGUUGGACACUAAGACAGCUUUCACAGCCAUUGCGAUUCUGACUAUGGUCACACAUCCGGCCAAUAUGGUCAUGACGCACGUGCCGAGGCUUUUUGCAUCUUCUGCGAGCUUCGAGCGGAUCCAAAAAUUCCUCAUGGAAAUGAGCCGAGAAGACAGGAGAGCGGCUACCGUGGAGUCAGUUCGAGCUGUGUCCAUUAGGAACCUUACAAUUGGCCACACUGAGCCAGUCCUCAAGAACCUGACCCUUGAUGUUGAGGCUGGUUCUAUCGUCGCUAUCAUGGGGUCAACUGGUUGCGGAAAAUCACUUAUAGCCAAGGCAAUUGUUGGCGAGAUCUACACACAAGCCGGCACUGAAAUCAUAAUGACGUCUCAUCUGGUGGCGUACUGUUCACAGCAGCCAUGGCUACCGAGUGGGAGUAUCAAGGAUGUGAUUACACAGUACGGAAGUGAUGAGCCGAACAAUGAGGAUUGGUACCAAGAAGUCCUUGAUGCAUGUUGUCUCACUGAGGAUCUUUUAAUGCUGCCCGGUGGUGACAGUGCGGAAGUCGGACCGCGGGGAAUGAACUUAUCUGGUGGACAGCGUCAGAGAGUGGCUCUAGCUCGUGCAGCGUACUCAAGAUAUCCGAUUGUUGUUCUUGACGAUACCUUCAGCGCCCUAGAUUGGAGAACAGAAAACCGGGUCGUAUCUAGUCUCAUCGGCCCCCAAGGCAUCUUCAGAUCGCCGAGAAGAACAGUAAUCCUCAUCGGUAACUCUACGCAGCACUUCCAUUUCGUAGACCAGGUGUUUGUCCUUGGCUCUGGGAAGAUCACCGAACAAGGGAAAUGGGAAGACAUAAAAGUCAAAGGCAAAUCAAUCGCGAAGAUGACCAUUGAUCAUGGGGAUUCUGCGCAAGAACAGAGAAGGGUUGCAGAGACUCUGAAAAUACCAAUACGCCCGAAACAGCCUCACAUGGAGGCUACCGGGAACUUGAAUCGUCAGACAGGCGAUGCGUCUUUGUACGCUUUCUACAUGCAAUCCGCCGGCUGCAAGAACUUCAUUUUUAUGGCUAGCUGCACAGUCGUUUAUUCAUUCUUCAUCACAGUCCCACAGUACUGGCUCAAGAUAUGGACCGACGCAGAUACUUCUCAAACUGGUGAUCUACCUUUCAUGAUCGGCUACGGCCUACUGGCGUUUAUGGCAUGGGCUACCACGAGUGUCAUGAUGUGGUCUACUCUCAUGCGGGUUGCGCCGUGCUCGGGACAAGUCCUACACUCAAGACUACUGUUUACUAUCAUUGGGGCGCCGCUCUCCUACUUCUCUACUACUAAUAGUGGCUCCAUUCUAAACAGGUUCAGCCAAGACAUGCAACUCGUGGACAAGCAGUUGCCACCGGCUAUGUCAACGCUUGGUGUCCAAAUCUUCAAGCUCACAAUGCAGGUGGCCUUACUGUUCAUUACGCAUCGUGUAUUGCUUCUGACUCUACCAGUUUGUCUGAUUGUGGUCUACUUUGUCCAAAAGCUUUACCUCCGCACUUCCAGACAGCUUCGCUUCCUCGAGCUUGAGUCGCGAUCUGGUGUUAUGGCAGCCUUCUUGGAAACUUUCAGUGGACUCUCAACGAUUCGCUCGCUCGAUGGCAGUGGGAGAGUCACUAUCAACCAUAUAAAGCAAGUCGACGAGUCUCACAAACCUUUGUACUUGUUGCUGUGUCUACAACGCUGGCUGAAUCUGGUCCUUGACCUCCUUGUAGCGGCAAUUUCGGUGGGCGUCAUCUCCCUGGCAGUUAUACUUAAGGACUCUACGACUGGGAGCGAAAUUGGUAUGGCUUUGAAUGUUUUGCUGGUCGUGAACACGACUCUUCUUCGACUGGUCGAAUCUUGGGCGAAUAUUGAGAUCUCGCUUGGAGCCAUUGCCCGGUUGAAGAGCUUGGAGUACGAGAUCCCAAACGAUGGCAAGCCUGGCGAAGAUGUGGUGCCGCCGGAAACAUGGCCUCACGAGGGGGCGUUGAAGGUCGACUGCAUCACGGCCUCUUAUAACACGAAUAGCGACGUCCUUGAAGGCGUUUCAUUGUACGUUCCGCCUGGGGUGAAAGUCGUCGUGUGUGGUCGGACUGGCAGUGGCAAGAGCUCGUUCUUACUCGCUCUUUUACGAUUAAUCCAUGUCAAACAUGGAUCAGUCAUCGUCGAUGGGAUCAAUACCGCUCGAAUUCCUCGACACGUACUCCGGGAGAGAUGCUUCGUCACGGUUCCCCAGGAUGCCAUGCUCGCUGGUGAUGCGACCUUACGGUUCAACUUGGACCCAAGCGAGUCCCUUUCAGACGAUACACUGCUUGGCGUCUUGGCCAAAGUGCGAAUGAGGCCUCAUUUCACUCCACAAGCAUCUAUGCACGGCGCCCUAAGCCCAAACCAAGCUCGAGAUGUUCUAAACAGACCGCUUUCAGUUUUGCCAGCGCUCUCGGUAGGUCAAGGUCAGCUGAUUGCUCUUGCACGAGCACUGUUGCAGGUGCACACUGUUAACACGUCUGGGGCCAAACCGAUCGUGUUGUUGGAUGAGGCCACAUCCUCGUUAGACGCGAGCACGCAAGAACUGAUACUUGAUAUUGUUCACGAGGAGCUCACCCGGAAAGGCUUCACGGUAAUCAUAGUCGCACAUAGACUGAGUGCAGUGGCGACACACAUGGACGAGGAUGAUAUUGUCGUUUGGAUGCGAGAUGGUCAGAUUCAAAGUGUUGGCGGAAGAGACGACUUGAUCAAGUAG